AUGGACUUGGGAAUCCUUACCCCCACCUCGCUCUUAGAGGAUGGUGAGACGGCGUCGGAGGUCGAAUUGCCGCUACGGAAAUGGUCGAUUGAGGUUUACCUGGUGAACGAGCAUGGCGAGGAUGUCCCCGCGACGAUGUUUGACAAGGUCACCUAUACUCUGCAUCCGAGUUUUGGGAGUAGAGCUAUCCAGACUUUCAAAUCUGCCCCUUUUAAAAUUGAAGAGGAAGGCUGGGGUGAAUUUGAUAUGCAAAUUGGCUUCACAGUUCUAGACAAAGAGCAUGUUGUCAAUCAUGAUCUACACUUUCAGCAGAAUAAGUAUGAGUCGAAGCAUGUUCUUACUUUCAAAAACCCCAAACCAGCUCUACUAAAUGUUCUUCGCGAAUAUGGCCCUGUGCCUGGUGAUGAGAAUGGUGUCAAAUCGAAACGUGGAGGUGCACAGGAUGAGGGUUCCAAGAAGAAGAAGCGGAUAGAUAAGAAUGUCGACAUGGACAAACUGGCAGACGGCCUUCAGAAGCUUGGGGAAGAUGACCUCCUCCAAGUUGUGCAGAUGGUCCACGAUAAUAAGUCUGCAGACUCGUAUACGAAAAAUGACAUUGAACAGGGCGAAUUCCAUGUUGAUCUCUACACUCUUCCCGACUCCCUCAUCAAGAUGCUGUGGGACUUCACACAAGAAAAGGGAGUUGUAUGAGUACGGGGAAAGGGGUCGCCUUCAUUCCCUGACUCUGACUGAAGUGAUACUGUUUUCCCUUCCCAUUCUGGGUUUUGUUUUUCUUGAUGGAUAACAGAUGAAAUCGAAUCAUGCGUGGAUUAUUUGGUCUCAAGGGUCCUUCGACAUUUAGUUCUUCCCCACCCCUUUUUCUAUGAUGUAAAUUAUGCCACAGUCUCGUUUCCCCCCCUUUCUUUUUUCUUAUUAAUUUCCUUUUAUUAUUUUCUCAUAUCGCCGUUGUUGUCAAUCACCUUUUGCUUUUCAGGCAGUUGGGUUGUAUUUUCCUUCACCUUUUCCUUUUAUGCUCUCUCUCUUCUUCUUUUACUCCCUUGGUCACUCAUGGAAUGAUGGGGCAAAAAAAGGCCUCUCUUGAUUUUCAUUUCCCCCGUUGGCGGGCGUUGUUCUUCAUGAUUUGCAUUCAUGUUUGCCUUGUCUAUUGUUUAUCCUGGUGG